UCAUCCGCCAUCCUCCAGAGAUCACUCCACUAUCACGAUCAUCACACGUCCACGAUGAAGAACGUUUUACGAGUAGGCGGUCAGCUCAGGCAGGCAGUGGCUAGCACGUCGAGGCUACCAGCUGCUGCCAGACAGCUGCACGGUUCUACGCCCCUCGAUCCCGCCGACAAUGCCUCAGGACAGAAUCAAUCGCAGACAUUUGGAAUGUUUCCACCUGGUCAGAGCAGUACUCAGCAAGGCGGUCUGUCUGUCUCUGAUCUCGCUCAGGCCUUCGCAGCCGGUCAAGCCUCCUUUUCACCGGCUCAGGACCAGACAAGAGUCUACACGAAGCUGAGGCAUCUGCAUCCGUCCACGAAGCAGCCUGCCGCUUCCACCUCGGAAUCGCAGCAGUACGUGCCCCUCUCUGCUCACGUCUUUGGCACUACCCCGCGUAGAGAUAUUCUUCACUCUGCCAUUGUAUACCACCUGGACUCUCUCCGCAGCGGUACAGCUAGCACAAAGACUCGUGGUGAGGUCAACUAUUCCACAAGGAAGAUUCGCCCUCAGAAGGGUACUGGUAAUGCUCGAUUGGGCUCACGCGGCAACCCGCUUCUGAGAGGAGGUGGAGUGGCCCAUGGACCAAAGCCUAGGGACUUUGCGACUGAGCUGCCACGACGAGUGAGGGAAUUGGCGUUGAGAAGCGCACUGAGCGCUCGGUGGAGGGAAGGAAAGCUUCACGUCAUCCCAUCGCUGUACUGGGACGCACCACCCCGCGUGACAGGCACGCUGCGUCGAGCUCUGGGCUCUCGGGGUUGGGAGGACACCCUCUUCCUGACGGCGCCUCGUUCUCCUCAAUCAGCGCAGAAGAUGGGUAUUCGGCAAAGAAUUGGUCGACCGUCAGCUCUGGAUCCAAUCUACACACCCGAGCAGCUGGACGCACACGGGCGCGACGUGCAGAACUUUGCCAUUGCCCUGGCGAACAUUCCCAAUACCGAAAUGAUUCGCCUGGAUCUUCUGACUGAAGAAGCGAGGCAAGAAGCAAAGAAGGUCACGGACAAGAAGAAGCCGGGAGAGCUCCCAGCGUACGAGGUGAUCAAGCGCAAGAACACUGUGCUGGAUCUGGGAGCUGUGGAGUGGCUGGAGGAGAAGCUAGGAGGUAGCAUCUUCCACGUCGAAGAGGGUGAAGAGGGAUCAGAGGCUGAGCUGGGCGGAGUGCCCCAGGAGGAAGGGGAGCAACCCUCGCUGGACGAGCUAGAGAGGUUGGCAAAGGAGGAGGCGGACGCAGAGGGAGUGGAAGGCAUCACGGAAGAGGUGCCGAGGGAGCUGCCGACUACUUCGGGGGAGCAAAGGAAGUGAGCCUCUGUAGCGUCUGGCCCAAGGAGUGGAUCAAUAUGGGUUGCAUAGCUUGGCCCGUGUGUCUUUGGGGGUGGUGUGAGCGGGAGCCAAUUGUCAAUGAUUCACGGUGCCUUUGACGCCACUCGCGAGUGUGCUGCCAUCGGGGCGUAAUAAUUUGCCGAUCU